AGCAGCAGCAGAAGCGCACUCGGCGUGUUUCGACGUCGUUGAAGCGUCGCUCGCGUCGACGACGGUUUCAGUCUGAUCCGUGCGCGCGAGUAGAGAAACACGACGCUCGCUCCGCGUUACCAACACCAUCACCACCACCACCACCACCACCACCACCACCACUACCACUUUCAUUUUUAUCUCCAUUUUUUAUUAUUAUUAUAUUCCUAUCGUCCGUCAUUUAUAUCACAUUCUCGUGUCGGUAAACAAUGUGCGAGAGGAUUUAGACAACGAGUAUAGCAGAGGCGUAGUCGAGGUUACGAAAAAAUAACAAAGGAAUAAAAGAACAAGUACAAGUGUACGAAGAAGGGAACAAAAUCGCUAUGGGGAAGGUGUACGAUACAAACAGCGAGUGCCGUCGCUGAGAAGAUGCCACCGAGGAGGAAGUACGAGACAUGAAGAGACCGCGACCAAGGGAAAGGUGGGUUUCUUCGAGCCAGGGCAGGCGGUAGCAGAGCCGUGAUCAAAAUGAACCUGAUUAACAUGGACGCGGAGAACCGCGUGGUUCUUAACGUGGGUGGGAUCCGGCAUGAAACAUAUAAAGCAACCUUGAAAAAGAUCCCAGCAACUAGGCUCUCGAGGUUGACCGAAGCCCUUGCAAACUAUGACCCGAUCCUGAACGAGUACUUCUUCGACAGGCAUCCAGGAGUUUUCGCACAGGUUCUCAAUUAUUAUCGUACCGGAAAACUUCAUUAUCCAACUGACGUUUGCGGACCGUUAUUCGAAGAGGAACUCGACUUUUGGGGUCUUGAUUCUAAUCAAGUUGAACCUUGUUGUUGGAUGACCUAUACUCAGCAUCGGGACACACAGGAAACGCUGACGGUCCUGGACAGGUUGGAUUUGGACACUGAAAAACCUACGGACGAGGAACUGGCUAGAAAGUUUGGCUUCGAGGAAGCAUAUUACGAGGGCACCCUCACCUGGUGGCAAAAGCUCAAGCCUCAAAUGUGGUCGCUCUUCGAUGAACCCUACUCCUCUCCUACCGCCAAGGUAAUCAGCAUAGUUUCGGUCUUCUUCAUCUGCAUCUCCAUAUUGUCAUUCUGCCUGAAGACUCAUCCCGACAUGCGCGUACCAGUAAUAGUUAAUCGUUCGGUGAAGACGGGAAACUCUACUUCAUGGGUGUUAGACAAGACACGCACGAACGCCCACGAUUUCUUCUUCUACAUCGAGUGUGUCUGCAACGCAUGGUUUACCCUGGAGUUCCUUAUAAGAAUAACGGCUAGCCCAAAUCGUUGCGUAUUUAUUAAAAGUUCGGUCAAUUUGAUCGACAUGGUAGCUACAUUGAGUUUCUACCUUGAUUUGGCGUUGCAAAGAUUCGCAUCGCAUUUGGAAAACGCAGACUUUCUUGAAUUCUUGAGCAUAAUACGUAUAAUGAGACUGUUCAAGCUUACCCGUCAUUCGUCCGGCCUGAAGAUUCUGAUCCAAACAUUCCGUGCCUCGGCGAAGGAACUUACCCUUCUGGUAUUCUUUUUAGUCCUCGGCAUCGUUAUAUUCGCAAGUCUGGUUUAUUAUGCCGAGAGGACCCAAUCUAAUCCGCAAAACGACUUCAAGAGCAUACCUCUCGGUUUAUGGUGGGCUCUGGUAACGAUGACCACGGUUGGUUACGGGGAUAUGGUACCGAAGACAUACGUGGGGAUGUUCGUAGGUGCGCUAUGCGCCCUGGCCGGUGUCCUCACGAUCGCCCUGCCGGUGCCCGUGAUCGUCAGCAACUUUGCGAUGUAUUACAGUCACACGCAGGCGCGAGCCAAGCUACCAAAGAAGAGACGUCGAGUUUUACCGGUCGAACAGCCAAGGGUUAGAGCACCGGGUGCGCCUCCCGGUGUUGGACCAGCUGGCAUUGGUGCUCCUGGUGUUGGUAGUACCGUUGCUGGACCUCCUGGUGUCGUCGGAGGACACGGACCAACUAGCCAACAUGCCACGACUGGUGGAGGGGGCCCUCCGUCCUCUGGCGCCACGCACGGACAGCAACCGACCGGUGGUUGCCCUCCUCCUCAUCAGGGGCCUCAGAAUCGUAGGAUGAACGCCAUCAAGACCAAUCAUCCCAAGGAUCCGUUUGCUACCAAAUCAGUCGAUUUCCCUUUUUCUCGUACGGUGGGUUCCAGAGGAAGACCGGAGGAACUCUAACCUGCGGACCAACGGGACCAAGACUACCGGAGGUUUGGGUUAAGCCGAUACCAAGGCUACUCUCCACUGCCGAUGCGUUCGCCGAACGGAAAUAGAAGAAGAAGAAGAAGAAGAAAAGGAGGAUGACAGAGUCGAAGGUUAGAGGGAACAGCUCGCAAGUCCGUUCGAUGAUCGAUUAACUUUGCGGACAUUAUUAUACCGAAAGACAGUUUAGCAACUUUCUUUCCCUCUCACUCGUUCCUUCGCUCAUUCGCUCCUUCGCUCGCUCAUUCGUUCUCUCUCUCUCUCUUUCUCUCUCUCUCUCUCUCUCUCUCUCUCUCUCUCUCUCUGAUAAACGUAAAACAAGCACGAUAUCGAAGUAAAAUCUCUGAUCUCUUCGUCGUUACAAACAAAUAUUUAACAAUAUUUAUUAACUCAAUUUUAUCUUUCGUUAAGUUCAUUAUUUUGAAAUAACGCGGUAGGAAACGCAACGCUCAUUAAAUAUCGUAGAUAGGUUAUCCUCUUUACGUAAUAAUAGGAUUGAGGUCAAGGGGAAAAAAGAAAAAGAAAAAGAAGAAGAAGAAGAAAAAGAAAAAAAAGUAACGUGUAAUCGUGAGAAACUUUGAAAAGGGUGAACGACGAGUCAGUCUGUAAGUUGGAAGAAAGAAAGAAAGAAAGAAAGAAAGAAAGAAGUCAAAUGAAAAUAAAAGGAGGUCGAAUAUACGGAUUUCUUUUGGUUCAUUCGAGUUGUCGUCGUGACUCCUUUGACUAUUGCACGUUUCAAAUGAACAGAGAGCUUAUAUAUCGAUACAUUCCAAUACGCAACAAGGAUUACGCGUAAGCGACCGUUUAUACCCAUCCGUUACGGAAUGCAUGUUAUAGUCUAAGGUCGAACUAGGAAUGUGUAUCGAACGUUUGAGAUUUUCCAAUAUCGGCAUACUCGUUCGUUUCCGUCCGACGCAUUUGCGGACUCUCUGCCGCAGCUCGUUGGCCCCAUCCAAAACCAGCGUGAUUUUAGACUUACGAAUACGGUUCGGUACAUAUGAAAUCGAUAUACAUAUAUAUAUACAUAUAUAUGGGGUGAGGUAUUUCAAUCGAAAUAUCUACGUUAUUUAUGGGUCUUAUAGAACAAGUCUUUAAGAUAAAAAUUGCAUACACUAUUUGAACAGUUCUCGUGUAAAAAGAAGAUAAAUUUAUUCCAAUGAAAUCAUGGUUUUUUCUUUCUUUUUCUUGUUCUUUUUAAUGUACCAUUCGAUAAAGCUCCGAUAUUUUUUGUUUAGAAAUGAGUUGAGAAAAUAAUGAGCUCACGCACAUAUGUCGAUAUUUUAAUUGAAAUAUUGCUAAAAAUGUAA